AUUCCAUUGCAACUCAAAACCAACCGGGCCCGACCACCACGCUCCUUGCCCAGGCUGAGGCCCAUGCAAGCAUCUCAGCGACGACCUAUUCACGAUCAAACGACGCGCUUCUCUUUUUAAAAUCUAACUUAUAUACCUUCAGUUCGUCCCAGAACUCACCACCUUCCUUCCCGCAUAACGGCGUGCCAUUCGUCUCCACUGACGUCUUAACAUGCCAUGGACUGUGGGGUUGUCUUAUUUCUCCCUGAUACCCCUCGCCUUCGCUCAGUACGUGCCAUCCCCGAGGUGGGCUCAGGCAACAGCUUCUUUGGGAAACAUUGUACUUGUGCAUGGCGGGUUGUCCGAUCCGUACGAUUCCUACUCCUACACUUCCGCACCGGCUAUUUCAGAUUUGCUGUUGCUUGAUCUAUCCACGUCUUUUGGUAUAUCAACCCCUCCCUGGAACCUCCUUUCCGCAAAUUCGUCACCUGCACUAGCUUGGCACACAUUUUCAGCAUUCAAUACAACAAACCUACUGCUCUUUGGAGGCCAACCAGGACCAAAUUCACAAACAGUUUUGACAACACUCAAUGACUCGGCUACUUUGCUUUCAGUCACUAAGAUGACGGACCCUAACUUCUCCGUUGAGCCGGAGAGUUGGGCAAGCGAACCUAUACGUAGAAUACGCCACGCUGCGUCGACCAUCAAUGGAAAAGUAUACAUCACCGGGGGUGAAAAGGCAGAUGGAUCUGGAAAUGCUUUCUCUGAGCACUAUGUGUUCGACCCUCUCGCAGCGGAAUUUAGUCACUUGCCCUCGAACGCCAAUUCACCCCCUGACAUCUACGGUCAUUCUUCACUCGUCUUGUCAGAUAGCAGAUUGGUUGUGCUUGGAGGAUACUGUGCCUCCUGUGGACAACUCGUACCUUUGAACACGAUUUGGUCGCUCGAUACACACAUGGAUGAUUCUAACUGGGAACUCCUGGUUGUGUCCAACUCAUCAUUACCGACCUCACGUAGAGAAUUCGCUGCGGUCUCCCUCCCGGAUGGGAACAUCCUGAUCCAUGGAGGUGCUGAUGCAGCGCUACAGCAGACAUAUAGCGAUGGCUGGAUCCUAGACACAGGUACAACCCCAAUGACAUGGAAGAGCGUGGAGGCUCUCUCACAAAUUGGCGCAAGGAAGAAUCACUUCGCAGUCCAGGCGGGGGGGCUCGUCCUAUUUGGUUUCGGGUAUGGUUCCUCGGCCCCUGCCUCUGCUUCUAUUUUCGUAUAUGACCCUGCGAGUUCGACUAUGACUUCGUCGUUUUCUGCACCACCCAAUUCCACACCUACGCAUCAAUCCCUUUCACACCCUACCCAGACCGGUUUUGCAGGUUCCCCUGACUCAGGCGUCACUGGCAACACUGGCACCAGGUCUGCAAAUACACCCUUGGGUCAGGCGACGAGUUCCUCCCCUUCGGGUUCACAGGGCACAAAUUCCGGCCCUGGGUCAUCUCAAACUCUUGCAAUUGCACUUGGAACCACGUUUGGAUUUUUGGGCUUAGUUUCCGGAGCCGCGGUGGUCUACUUCGUGAAACGCAAGCACAAUGGAAAUGGAUCAGGGAGAUUCGUUCUGCUUGGAGGAGACCUUGAGGAUAAGGGAGGUAACGCUGGAUCAGCUAGUGGCAUCGUUACCACCGCGGGCGACAACAGAGCAAGUCGGUUCGGCAAUGUACUUGCUUAUAUUGGCUUCAGCAGGGGCCACAGGGAUCAACACCGGCCACGCAGGGAUAUGUUCGCCGAUGAAGAUACACGCUCCUUUACGUGGGGCAGUCGACUUAUGAUGACACACAGAGAAGGUAGUGACGUGACCGGCGCGUGGUCAUUGCGCUCCAUGGGUGCCAUGGUCCGUGGCAUGAUGUCCCGCGAGCCGAGUACGUCCGGUACCGGUGGCGAUCGAAGCGACGGGUUAGAUCGUAUCGCUGGAGACAGAGACGAGUUGAUUGCCAGUGAGAAAAGCACACAUGACAAGAGGGUCCGGGAAGAGUCGCGAGGAAGAAGUGGUGGAGGACGGACGUAUGCCGACCCAUUCGCGGAUCCCCCGACAGAGGAUGACUACCCCUGGCUUGACUUGCGCCCUGGCGUACUGGAGCGAGACGAGGAGUAUGAUGGCCCUGUGGGGCGUGAUAUAUCAUUAGAAGACUACGAUUUGACGCUAUCUCCUUUGUCGAAGAUCCCUUCACCAAUUACCUUCCCCCUUCGCACACUCAGUCCUCUGAAGCAAGUCACCCACACCUCUACUUUGAACCAAUCCAAUCCUCUUUGUACUCCGCUGGAGCCUUCCCAUCUUAAUUCGCCUACCUCUGCCUCGGAGCCGAAGUCGCCCAUCAGUCCGAUAACUCUUCGCACCUUCUAUCCCCCUUCCCUCGAGAACUCUUCAUGCCACCCACCCCUUUCCCAAACAAUGCAUCGUUCAAACAGCUGGUGGGCCCGCUUCGCUAAAACAUCCCUCCUCGAUAGGCGAGGCUCCGUUACUUCCAACAACAGCAAGCCCCUCGUCUUCAGAGAUCCAAACCCUGCGCCUCCAUUGUCAGUAAUAGAAGAAGCUUCCACUUCCAAACACUCGCCAACGGAACCGGGAACCCCUCCAAGGGAACGACAUACCCGUUCUAUUGCAUCAUCGCACAGCAUGCGUACUGCUAAUACGGAAUCCGCAGAGCGGCUCGGAGGGAACUACGACGUCGUGCAGCGUGCGCUAUCUGAGGCGUCGGGGUCCCGACAUACCCUUGCCUCGAGUACUCUGGAAACUGCCGCCACCAGUACUUUUAUAGAGUCCGAAAAGAAGCAUGGUUUGUUGGCCGUCAACCGAAUCAGUGACGCCACGGGAAAUGAGUCCAUUCUGAGCCACAGCUCGUCGUUCCAGGGUUCGGUGUCAUCCCUUCCUCCACAGACACCAGUCUCAGCCAGUUUGACGAAGACAAUAGCGACUGGACUGAACACGAGAUCGCGAUCGCCACUUGCAAAGACCAUCAACUCCGCCAUGCACGACAAUCCCUCCUCGCCUUUGACCUCGCCAACAGCCAACAGCGGCUCAGAAAUACUGCAGAAAGUCCGUGCCUAUGAGCGGCGAUUAUCGCAGGACCUUGAGUCGCAAUUCCCUUCGCCGCCAAGCAACACUCGUAAGCGAGAGGAGGUACCCUCGCGGAGUCGACCGACGAUUAAGUAUGGACUUGCCCCUCGCGCUUCCUUGUAUGUCGCCAACCCGGACGCAGAGUAUCAGGACCCUUCAUGAACAAGAAUGGUUUCGUUCUUUUUGUGCGUAUAGAUUUGCCCUUCUGUCCAACCUACUACUAUCCAUAUAAGUAUGUACCUUGUACGUCGUCACCCUCACGUUAUUGUAUCGUUGGCUGUUUGUGAUGAGACUCUUGUUGAGCAUUUUUGGUUCGCUCGUUGCUGUGAACUAUGUAGCCUCACGGACCGCAAUGGUAGCUAUUAUAGCUAGC